AUCAUUUUUUUUUUGCACGUAACAAAAAGCAAAAGUAAAAGAUCGGAGUUGGUGUUUCGCCAUUUUAACAGCCGGAAUAGAUUCUAUACUGAUUAUCAAAUGCAAAGCUUUUCGUGGAAACCUUCAUAAGACACGAAUUUACGUGUAACUACUUGAUAGAAACGGCGGUGGAUUUUCGUGAAACUGAAUGUGAUGAACGUUGAUCAAGAGUCAGUGGUGAAGAUCAGAUUCUGUUUCAACUGUUCAGCUUCAUCAUGGAUGAGACUCAAACAUCCAGAGAUGAAGAUUUUUAUCCAGGAUGCAGUUCAGUUUAUCAGAAGAGAUCAGGACCAGAGUCCAGCUGUGUGUCUAUGAGGAGUGACGCGUCUAUGGAUAAUCCAGUACAUUUUAAGAGUGAAGAUAUACAACAUGAUUUCCGUUCAGUUCAUCAGAAGAGAUCAGGACCAGAGCCCAGCUGUGUGUCUAUGAGGAGUGACACGUCUAUGGAUCAUCCAGUACAUUUUAAGAGUGAAGAUAGACAACAUGAUCUCAGUUUAGUUCAUCAGAAGAGAUCAGAACCAGAGUCCAGCUGUGUGUCUAUGAGGAGUGGAGAUACACAGACUGAUCUCAGCCAUGAAGUCCUCAACAGGUUUAGAUCAAAUCUGAUGAAGAAGUUUGAGUGUCUGUAUGAGGGAACAGGAAUGCAGAGAAACCCAACACUCCUGAAUGAGAUCUACACAGAGCUCUACAUCACAGAGACUGAGAGUGGAGACAUCAGUAAUGAACAUGAGGUGAGACAGAUUGAGACACAAUCCAGGAGAGCAGCAACAGAGGACACACCGAUCAAAUGCAAUGACAUCUUUAGACCUUUACCUGGACAAGACAAACCCAUCAGAACUGUGCUGACAAAGGGAGUCGCUGGCAUUGGAAAAACAGUCUCUGUGCAGAAGUUCAUCCUGGACUGGGCUGAAGAGAAAGACAAUCAGGACGUCCAGCUCAUAUUUCCACUUCCUUUCAGAGAGAUCAAUCUGAUGAAGGACAAAACACUCAGUCUUUCAGAGCUUCUUCAUGUCUUUUUCCCUGAAACUAAAGAAAUAUCCAGUGACAAAUAUAAAGUGUUGUUCAUCUUUGAUGGUCUGGACGAGUGUCGUCUGUCUCUGGAUUUUCAGAGCGAUGUGAGGUUGUGUGAUGAGAGUGAAUCAGCCUCACUGGACGUGUUGUUGACGAACCUCAUUGUGGGGAAUCUGCUUCCCUCGUCUCUCAUCUGGAUCACCUCCAGACCAGCAGCAGCCGAUCUCGUCCCGUCUGAGUGUGUCCAUCGAGUGACAGAGGUACGAGGCUUCAAUGAUCCACAGAAGGAGGAAUACUUCAGGAAGAGAGUCAGUGAUCAGAGUCUGGCCAAUACAAUCAUCACACACCUGAAGUCCUCAAGGAGCCUCUACAUCAUGUGCCACAUCCCAGUGUUCUGCUGGAUCUCAGCCGCUGUUCUGGAGAAGAUGAUGAGCGAAGCAGAGAGACGAGAGAUUCCCAAGACUCUCACUCAGAUGUACACACACUUCCUGAUCCUUCAGACCAACAUCAAACAUGAGAAGGACUAUGAGAAGAAGGUGACCAAUGAAGACCUGAUCCUCAAACUGGGGAAACUGGCUUUUCAGCAGCUUGUGAAAGGCAAUGUGAUCUUCUAUGAGGAAGACGUGAGAGAGUGUGGCAUUGAUGUGACAGAAGCAUCAGUGUACUCAGGAUUGUGCACUCAGAUCUUCAGAGAGGAGUUUGGCUGGUAUCAGGGGAAAGUCUUCUGCUUUGUUCAUCUGAGUGUUCAGGAACAUCUAGCGGCUCUAUAUGUGCAUCUCUCCUGUACAAUCAACAACACAAAUGUGUUUGACUCAAUCACCAAACAGAGUUUGCGGUCUAAAGUUAAGGACUGGUUUCAGCUCAUGUUUAAACAUGUUUCAUUAUCUGCGCUGCAUCAGAGAGCUGUGGAAGAGGCUCUACAGAGUAAAAAUGGACAUCUGGAUCUUUUCCUGCGGUUUCUUCUGGGUCUGUCAGUAAAGUCUCACCAGAUUCUCCUACAAACACUAAUGAAACAGACGAGAACAUCUGACAGCAAUGAGGAAACAGUUGAGUACAUCAAGGAGAAGAUCAGGACCAUCGACUCUCCAGAGAAAUCCAUCAAUCUGUUCCACUGUCUGAAUGAACUGGGUGAUCGUUCACUAGUGGAGGAAAUACAACAGUAUCUGAAAUCUGGAAGAAUAAAGGAAGUCAAUCUCUCUUCAUCUCAGUGGUCAGCUUUAGUCUUUGUGUUGUUGACAUCAGAGGAGAAGCUGGACAAGUUUGAUAUUAAUGAUUUUGUUGGAAGCGACAAUAAAACUGAACAACUAAAGGUUCUUCAGAAGCUUCGUCCUGUGAUUAAAGAAUCCAGAUCAGUUCAGUUGAGUUAUUGUGGCGUCACAGAUGAAGGUUUUGCUGCUCUGACUUCAGCUCUGAGAUCAAACCCUGAACACCUGAGAGAUCUGGAUCUGUCAUGGAAUAAAAUGGGAGAAUCAGUGAAUCUGCUGUGUGAUGUACUACAGAAUCCUCACUGUAAACUGGAGAAACUGUGGUUGAGGUAUUGUGGCGUCACAGAUGAAGGUUUUGCUGCUCUGACUUCAGCUCUGAGAUCAAACCCUGAACACCUGAGAGAUCUGAAUCUGUCUGAGAAUAAAAUGGGAGAAUCAGUGAAUCUGCUGUGUGAUGUACUACAGAAUCCUCACUGUAAACUGGAGAAACUGUGGUUGAUGGAUUGUGGCGUCACAGAUGAAGGUUGUGCUGCUCUGACUUCAGCUCUGAGAUCAAACCCUGAACACCUGAGAGAACUGAAUCUGUCAUGGAAUAAAAUCGGAGAAUCAGUGAAUCUGCUGUGUGAUGUACUACAGAAUCCUCACUGUAAACUGGAGAAACUGUGGUUGAGGAAUUGUGACGUCACAGAUGAAGGUUUUGCUGCUCUGACUUCAGCUCUGAGAUCAAACCCUGAACACCUGAGAGAACUGGAUCUGUCUGGGAAUAAAAUGGGAGAAUCAGUGAAUCUGCUGUGUGAUGUACUACAGAAUCCUCACUGUAAACUGGAGAAACUGUGGUUGAGGAAUUGUGGUGUCACAGAUGAAGGUUUUGCUGCUCUGACUUCAGCUCUGAGAUCAAACCCUGAACACCUGAGAGAUCUGAAUCUGUCAUUUAAUAAAAUGGGAGAAUCAGUGAAUCUGCUGUGUGAUGUACUACAGAAUCCUCACUGUAAACUGGAGAAACUGUGGUUGAGGGAUUGUGGCGUCACAGAUGAAGGUUUUGCUGCUCUGACUUCAGCUCUGAUAUCAAACCCUGAACACCUGAGAGAACUGGAUCUGACUGGGAAUAAAAUCGGAGAAUCAGUGAAUCUGCUGUGUGAUGUACUACAGAAUCCUCACUGUAAACUGGAGAAAUUGAGGUUGAGUUAUUGUGGCGUCACAGAUGAAGGUUUUGCUGCUCUGACUUCAGCUCUGAUAUCAAACCCUGAACACCUGAGAGAACUGGAUCUGUCCGGGAAUAAAAUGGGAGAAUCAGUGAAUCUGCUGUGUGAUGUACUACAGAAUCCUCACUGUAAACUGGAGAAACUGUGGUUGUGGGAUUGUGGCGUCACAGAUGAAGGUUUUGCUGCUCUGACUUCAGCUCUGAGAUCAAACCCUGAACACCUGAGAGAUCUGGAUCUGUCAUUUAAUAAAAUCGGAGAAUCAGUGAAUCUGCUGUGUGAUGUACUACAGAAUCCUCACUGUAAACUGGAGAAACUGAGGUUGUAUAAUUGUGGCGUCACAGAUGAAGGUUUUGCUGCUCUGACUUCAGCUCUGAGAUCAAACCCUGAACACCUGAGAGAUCUGGAUCUGUCUGGGAAUAAAAUCGGAGAAUCAGUGAAUCUGCUGUGUGAUGUACUACAGAAUCCUCACUGUAAACUGGAGAAACUGUGGUUGUAUUAUUGUGGCGUCACAGAUGAAGGUUUUGCUGCUCUGACUUCAGCUCUGAGAUCAAACCCUGAACACCUGAGAGAUCUGGAUCUGUCUGGGAAUAAAAUGGGAGAAUCAGUGAAUCUGCUGUGUGAUGUACUACAGAAUCCUCACUGUAAACUGGAGAAACUGUGGUUGAGUUAUUGUGGCGUUACAGAUGAAGGUUUUGCUGCUCUGACUUCAGCUCUAAGAUCAAACCCUGAACACCUGAGAGAUCUGGAUCUGUCAUGGAAUAAAAUCGGAGAAUCAGUGAAUCUGCUGUGUGAUGUACUACAGAAUCCUCACUGUAAACUGGAGAAACUGUGGUUGAGGGAUUGUGGCGUCACAGAUGAAGGUUUUGCUGCUCUGACUUCAGCUCUGAGAUCAAACCCUGAACACCUGAGAUAUCUGAAUCUGUCUGUGAAUAAAAUCGGAGAAUCAGUGAAUCUGCUGUGUGAUGUACUACAGAAUCCUCACUGUAAACUGGAGAAACUGUGGUUGUGGGAUUGUGGCGUCACAGAUGAAGGUUUUGCUGCUCUGACUUCAGCUCUGAGAUCAAACCCUGAACACCUGAGAUAUCUGAAUCUGUCAUGGAAUAAAAUGGGAGAAUCAGUGAAUCUGCUGUGUGAUGUACUACAGAAUCCUCACUGUAAACUGGAGAAACUGUGGUUGAGGGAUUGUGGCGUCACAGAUGAAGGUUUUGCUGCUCUGACUUCAGCUCUGAGAUCAAACCCUGAACACCUGAGAGAUCUGGAUCUGUCAUUUAAUAAAAUCGGAGAAUCAGUGAAUCUGCUGUGUGAUGUACUACAGAAUCCUCACUGUAAACUGGAGAAACUGUGGUUGUGGGAUUGUGGCGUCACAGAUGAAGGUUUUGCUGCUCUGACUUCAGCUCUGAGAUCAAACCCUGAACACCUGAGAGAUCUGAAUCUGUCUGGGAAUAAAAUCGGAGAAUCAGUGAAUCUGCUGUGUGAUGUACUACAGAAUCCUCACUGUAAACUGGAGAAACUGUGGUUGAGUAAUUGUGGCGUCACAGAUGAAGGUUUUGCUGCUCUGACUUCAGCUCUGAGAUCAAACCCUGAACACCUGAGAGAUCUGAGUCUGUCAUGGAAUAAAAUCGGAGAAUCAGUGAAUCUGCUGUGUGAUGUACUACAGAAUCCUCACUGUAAACUGGAGAAACUGUGGUUGAGGGAUUGUGAUCUCACAGAUGAAGGUUUUGCUGCUCUGACUUCAGCUCUGAGAUCAAACCCUGAACACCUGAGAGAUCUGGAUCUGUCAUUUAAUAAAAUCGGAGAAUCAGUGAAUCUGCUGUGUGAUGUACUACAGAAUCCUCACUGUAAACUGGAGAAACUGUGGUUGAGUUAUUGUGGCGUCACAUAUGAAGGUUUUGCUGCUCUGACUUCAGCUCUGAGAUCAAACCCUGAACACCUGAGAGAACUGAAUCUGUCUGGGAAUAAAAUGGGAGAAUCAGUGAAUCUGCUGUGUGAUGUACUACAGAAUCCUCACUGUAAACUGGAGAAACUGUGGUUGAGGAAUUGUGGCGUCACAGUUAAAGGUUUUGCUGCUCUGACUUCAGCUCUGAGAUCAAACCCUGAACACCUGAGAGAACUGAAUCUGUCUGAGAAUAAAAUCGGAGGAUCAGUGAAUCUGCUGUGUGAUGUACUACAGAAUCCUCACUGUAAACUGGAGACACUGUGGUUGUGGGAUUGUGGCGUCACAGAUGAAGGUUUUGCUGCUCUGACUUCAGCUCUGAGAUCAAACCCUGAACACCUGAGAGAUCUGGAUCUGUCAUGGAAUAAAAUUGGAGAAUCAGUGAAUCUGCUGUGUGAUGUACUACAGAAUCCUCACUGUAAACUGGAGAAACUGUGGUUGAAUUAUUGUGGCGUCACAGAUGAAGGUUUUGCUGCUCUGACUUCAGCUCUGAGAUCAAACCCUGAACACCUGAGAGAUCUGGAUCUGUCAUGGAAUAAAAUUGGAGAAUCAGUGAAUCUGCUGUGUGAUGUACUACAGAAUCCUCACUGUAAACUGGAGACACUGUGGUUGAGGGAUUGUGGCGUCACAGAUGAAGGUUUUGUUGCUCUGACUUCAGCUCUGAGAUCAAACCCUGAACACCUGAGAUAUCUGAAUCUGUUUGGGAAUAAAAUUGGAGAAUCAGAAGUGAAGCUGCUCUCUAAACUGAGGGAUGAUCCACAUUAUAAACUGGAGAGAUUUUUCUACUGACUCUCAGUGUUCAGACGUCAGUUCAGUUUCCUCAGGAUCAGCUGAUGGUGAAUAAAGAGACUGAAGACACAGAAACACACAGCGAUCACACUGACGUGUGUGUGUGACUUCACACCAGUUUCUUGUUUUAUAGUAAUGGCUCAUGAAAAUGAGUGCUGAAAAUAGCAGCUUUGAAUUGUUUCAACUUUAUUAGAUAUUGAUUACAAUGUAGAAGGAGAAACACUCAAAAUACGUGUCAAACGGUUAAAGUGAAAACAAGCCUUAGACAAUAGAUUUAUAGUGCGAUACAGACAGCGCUGGGAAAAGUGUUAUAAGUUUGAUCAAGAGUCUGUCUACAGAAGAGACUCUUUGUUCACACUCGUUGUUGCCUUUUUGUUGUUUUAUCAUUGCAUGUUGUUUCUGAUGAUUUACAGCCUUAAUAUUCAUGCACAUUCGCUUCCUCUCAGCCGAGUUUAAGUUUAAGUCUCAGUUUAGCUUGGAUUAGGUUUGCUUGUGUCAUGGAUUGGAAGAUAGAAAUAGACUAGAAUGAAAUAUUAAUGUGGAUCUACUGUUUGAGACUCUAUCAUGUUACUGUAAACAUUAAACUAUUGAACUGUACUCUCAAAUGUACUUCAGGAGAUUUUACUAAAUCUAAUUUUCAAA